GGGCACAAGCCGUCGAUGGCGGUCCCGGUCGCUGUCCCGGUCCCGGCGGGGGCGGGGCGAGACCCGCUCGGGCACCACCCGCCCUCUCAGCGGCGCAGCCCCUUUAAAUCCAAGAUGGCCGCCGCCUCAGCCCUGCCGGCCGCAGCGCGCCGCCUGCCGGCGGCCCCGGCUCUGCCGGCGCUGGCCGCCUGCCGCGGGCUGGGCGGCUCGGCGCCGCGCUGCACCACCGACCCGCUGUGGAAGUGCCGGACCAAGUACACCGUGCGGCCCGUGGGCAUGAAGAAGACGGGCGGGCGCGACCACACAGGCCGCCUCCGCGUGCGGGGAAUCGGUGGGGGACACAAGCGGCGCUACCGCAUGAUCGACUUCCAGCGCCUGCGCUACGAGGAGGGGGCCCCGCCGGAGCCCUUCACCGAGAAGGUCAUCAGUGUCCGAUACGACCCUUGCAGGUCGGCUGACAUCGCCCUGGUGGCCGGCGGCAACCGCAAGCGCUGGAUCAUCGCCACGGAGAACAUGCAGCCCGGGAGCACCAUCACGACCUCGCCUCACAUUAGCAGGAUGGCAGUGUCAGCCAGUGAAGGGGACGCGUACCCGCUGGGAGCUCUGCCUGUUGGCACACUGAUCUGCAACCUGGAGAGCCACCCUGGGAAGGGAGCACAGUACAUCCGCGCAGCUGGUACUUGUGGGGUGCUGCUGCGGAAAGUGAACGGGACAGCCAUCGUGCAGCUGCCGUCCAAAAGGCACAUGCAGGUGUUGGAGACGUGUGUGGCCACAGUGGGCCGUGUGUCCAACGUGGAUCACAACAAGCGGGUGAUCGGCAAGGCGGGCCGGAACCGCUGGCUGGGCAAGCGCCCGCACACGGGCUUGUGGCACCGCAAGGGUGGCUGGGCCGGGCGCAAGAUCAAGCCUCUCCCGCCCAUGAAAAGCUACGUCAACCUGCCACGGGUCAAAGCAGUGGAGUGAUGCUCGGGGCAAAUAAAGCGUUUUUCAUGCCA